UUCCCCGUCCCACGAUUCUUUGUGAUGCGUCGUGAUGGUACUGGGUUUGAAUUGUUACGUCAUCAAGACGUUGACGAAUACUUGAAAGCUGCUGAAGAUAACGUUGCUACGGCUGCUUUAAGAACUCCUGUUGAGAGUUUACCAAACGUCUCCGGAGUUACUGUACUAAAACCUUUCUCAGGAGGAGAAGGAAGAAAAUGGCUAAAACACAAAGAUGAAAGUAAUCUUGUUCCGCUUGCUUUACGGGAAAGAGACUUCACGCAGUUUCCACCGAUAGAAAAAAAGAAAGAUGGACCAAAAUUUGGUACCAAUGCAGGUUGUGGACUAGUCAUUGGCAACAUGAGAAAGCCCGUUGAUGUAAAACCAUUAUUAACUUGUCCCAAAGUCUUGGUUUUACGUCAUUUUGUUCAAUAUGAGCCUUCAGACAUCGUACAUCGCAAAACUAUUUCAGCGGCAUUCCGUCAAUAUGGCGAGUACGUGACAAAACUUCAACUUCAGUGCGAUAACUGUCUACCGGAGGAGUCACGUGACACGGAAGAAGUAAAAAUAGCAAAUGGAUUGAAAAGGUAA